AUGUCACUUAAUUGGGAUGGACAACAUCAUCAUAACAAUGAAUCUGCUCUAGAAAAUCUAUCUGAACUACGUGAAGCAAUGAAAGAUCAGGUAGAUGGGCGGCGUAAUAAAGGAAAUAAUCGUGAUCAACGCAAACGAGAACGCAAGAAACAUGGUAGUGGUUCUCGUGAUGUGAACGAUUGUGAUCGUAGUCGCCGAAGCAGUAGCUCUAGUUCAAGUGAUAGCAAUGAUCAUUCUGGAAAAGAUAGAGGCUGUAAACACUCUCGUGAUCGCCAUCAUCAUGGAAGUGGUUCGAAGGAUCGUCAUCGUUCUGGUAGUGGCUCUAAGGAUCGACAUCGUCAUAGAAGUGGUUCCAAAGAUUCUCAUCGUCAUGGAAGUAAUUCGAGAGAUCGUCAUCGUUCCGGUAGUGGCUCUAAGGAUCGACAUCGUCAUAGCAGUAGCUCUAGCAAUAGCGAUGACAGUCAUCACGACAAAGGGCACGGCAAAGGUCAUGGUAAACAUCAUAAAAAGAAGCAUUCGCAUGAUCGCCAAAAGAAUCAUCAUUGUUGA